AUGGCAAAUACAAAUGUUCUCAUUAAAGAAGUACCUUCAUCUAUACUGCAACAACGAUAUGUUUCAGAACAACCAGUUGAUCGACAUUUGAUAGAAAUUACUGAUAAGCAAAAAUCAGUGUUCAUCAAUGCAGGAAUUGAUUCAACUUGUGCAAAGAAACGGGCUGCCAUAAUUCAUAAAUUCAACAAUGGUAUAAUCACCGUAGUCAAUGCUGUUAGUUUACCUUCGAUAUCCGUGGCUGAGCAGCUUGAAUUACUGUCGUUAAAUCAUUCCAAAGAAAUGAGAAGUAAUGAAGAAGUGUCAAAAUCAAAUUGUGCAUCAGAUGUUCGUAAUUCCAAAUGCUGUGCUCACUGUGGAAAAUAA